GGAGAUGCAAUUCACGCUGUAAUUGAAGAAUCUGAUUAUCUCUACGUCUCCAAAAAAAUGCAAGAAGGACAGAUAUAUGAGAUUAUCAACUUCUAUACGCGAAAACCACGGCUGGUGUCGAAAUAUAAAAUAGUUGAUCAUAAGGCAAAACUCCGAUUUGAUGAAUCAACAAAAUUUAAAGUUGUGAAGGAUACCUUCCCUCCGAUACCAGAGCAUUCGUUUCAUGUUCUUGAAUUCGAUCAGUUGGGAGCACAAGUGAACACUCAAGAAGUACUUAUAGAUGUUUAUGGCUGCAUAAAAUCGGUUCUACCAGAGCAUCAAGUUAAUGUAAAGGACGGUACAAAACUGGAGUCAAAAUGCGAAGUCUUCAUAGAAAACUUGAGGAGAGGAUUUAAGAAUCACCUUUUGGGGUCAUGCUGCUAGACAGUUUGAUAUAGAAAGCGUCAAGAGAAAAUCUCCACCAGUGCUCGCUGUAUUCACAAGUUUAAUAAUAGGCAAAUUUCUUGGUAAACCUCAAUUACAAAAAAAAAAACAUGAUUCAUCAUGAAAAUUAUGUGUACCUAGCUACUUUUACAAUUUACAGAGCGAGUCACAGCAACAGCAACAAAUCAUACUUGCAUGAUCAUCGAUCCACACAAUUCAGCAGCAAGUGAAUACAUAGCUGAAUUUUCGAGACCUGGCGAUAAAGUCAAGAUACUUCCUGUACCAUUCAAACGACCAACAACAGAAGAAUUGAAGAACCAAACGACAAAAUCGGUCUUUGAUCUGAAUACAAUGGACCCAGAUUCAUACGUGAAUCAUUCAGUGUAUUGCACUGCUUCCAUUCUCCGGUUCCCAACAUAUGGUGGCUGGUGGUACAAAGGCUGUCCGAGCUGUUCUAAAGUGCUCAAAGUAAAAGAAGACAGUGGGGAAUUUUUUUGUCCUAAACACGACGCACAAAUGCCUCUACCAUGUUACAAAGUUUAUGUGACAAUUCACGAUGAUCAUAAUCAAGCAACGGUGAUUCUGAUGGGGAAGCAAGGACAACAGUUGUUCGGCAUCAGUUGUCAGGAUUUGGUCAAUAAAAGACUAUAUCCAACAGAGCAGACGUUACCAGAAGAGAUUAAGAAAAUAUUUGGCCAAACCUAUCUAUUUCAGAUCCAAAUCAAUCAAUAUGGUGAACUGGUGGUUGAAAAUGUUUUCCCAAGUCAGCAAUCAUCUGCGUCAAUGGUUGAACAAAACCCAAGCACUGCAACACCAGAGCGCCUUUCAUCUGAAAAAAAGAGAGGCAUUGAAACAAGUGGAAAAACAUUGUUCAUCACAGAGACUGAGAAAAAAGCCAAGAGUGACAAAGAAAUCAAACAAGGAGAAACAGUGUCACCAUCGUCAGCAUCAUCAUCAGCAAGCAAGGAACUAUCUCAACAAGAGAAAGCCAACUGAAUCCAGAUCACUCUUUUGUAUAGCUAUGGUUCAUUUUCUUCCAUCAUACCUGCGUUGACUACGUUUUGUGUACAAGCAGAGUCAGCGAAACAACUGGAGAACGCUGUACAGUUGGGACUGCUAGGAUUUUGCUUUUUGAACAAAGUGUUUUGACAACCAACUCCAGUUGUUCCAACAGGAUGUUAACUCAUGUUUAAUUUUCUUUUUGUAAGUCUGUAACUAAGACAAUCAACCUGACUAUGCAGCUGUCCCUUUUUUGUAGAGCUGCAAUUAACAUAGCUAGCAAUACUGUGCAGCUAGCAUUUUUGAACUGUGUCAAAUAGAAUGCAGUGCAGCUGAAAUGUAAAUGUAAUGUAAUAGGUGGACUGUGAUUCCAACUGAGAUAUAAUAUAAUGUAAUAGCUGGACUGUAAUUGUGCUGAA